CUUUACCCUCUUCCUGGUUUCCACUUGUCGGAGUUGUCCUGAAGACUCAUCAUGUCAGCCCACGACUUUUUGAGAAGCAAUAAAACAGACUUCGAGCUCAUUCUGUCAGAAAAUCGCCAACUAAUUCUCAACAAAUGUUAUGAAAAAAAGGUGGUAAGUAAGUGGGACUACAAAAAUUUAAAGAGCAUCCACAAAGGAACUGAAAUAGAGCAUGUCACUGAGCUUGUGGAUAAAGUCAUGGGUAAAGGUGAAACAACAUGCGAACGCUUCCUGGAUCUUCUGCAAAAUGAUGCAGACAUUAAAGAUACUUUCACGGACUUGAAGGAUACACUGUUGAAGUACACAGCCAGUCUACCCAAGCCAGUACAAGAAAUGACUGCAACUGCCAAAACAGAUGAUGUGGCACAAGAGAACCGGAAGCGAAAACAAGAGAUGGAUUCCUCAGAUGACGUAACAUCAAACAGCAAGAAGUCAAAGCAGGAUUAUGAUGAGCUGUAUCCAUUGAAGAGUAAGCCCACCGGCCUGUGUUUCAUUAUAAACAACGUGAAAUUUAAAAAUCAAGACCCAAGAAAUGGAUCAGACAUAGAUGCUAAAAAUUUAGCAAAGGAGUUCAGCCGGCUGGGGUUCAGAGUGCUGAUGUGUGAAAACCAAACCAAGGAUCAGAUGGAACAGGUGCUGAAGUGCCUCUCUGCCAGUGACGUCUCUAAGCUGUUGGAGUUCAAAGUGAAGGAAUGGUCUGACGACAAAUUCACUGAUCUUCAGGAGGUCCCUACACAUGGAGAUGCCUUCAUCUGCUGCAUUUUGACCCAUGGAAAUAUGGGAGUAGUUUAUGGGGUUGAUGGGGAACAUCUUGCCAUUAAAGAUAUUAAGAAAAUGUUCAAGGCGACUGACCUGUCACCCCUCACCAACAAGCCCAAAGUGUUUCUGAUCCAGGCCUGCCAGGGUGGAGCGCUCCACGGUCGGGUGGUGUUACCAGAUGGUCAGUCUGAUGGCGGUAAACCUGCCUCCAUCCCUGAGGAAGCAGAUUUUCUGGUCGGCAUGUCAACUGUUGAAGAUUACGAAUCAUAUAGACACCCAGACCUUGGGAGCUGGUACAUCCAGUCUUUGUGUAAGCAGCUGAACGAGGGCUGUCCAAGUGGUGUCGACAUGUAUACCAUCCUCGAACGUGUCAACAAAGAAAUGAGUCUGAAAGAGGGACAGAUGUGGAAGAGGCCAGGAGUUAUUCUGAAGCAGAUGUCUGAGAUUCGGUCUACUCUGAGGAUGAAACUUGUGUUUUCACCACCUCCAAACUGAGAACUCACUCCAUCACAAAUCAUCCAGGAUAUUUUUAAAAGGACCACAGUUUUCUUCAUUUAUGUUCUAGUAGAGCAGGGGUGUCAAGUCAUUUUACUUCAGGGGCUCAUUUCAGUCCAAUUUAAUCUCAAGUGGGCCAGACCAUUAAAAUAAUAGCACAAUAGCCUAUAAAU